AUGGAUGCUGUUUAUGAGGAGACGGAUGUCAAGAUAAUACAGGAGGUGGAAGGAUGCUACACUUUUAUGGAUGUCUCGUCACUCAAAAAGAAGAAGAAAUGCAAAAGCCAUGGAGAAAGUUUAGAAAAAGCAAACAAAGCCAAGGUAUUAUAUGCAGAGUCUGCAUACCUGUUGUACUACUUUGAUUUUCACCAGAGCAUGCAACAAGAAUUCCCUCAUCUCCCUCAGUCAGAAAUCAACAAGAGAAUUAACGAGAACUGGAAAAGACUGACCGUGGCAGAUAAGGGAUAUUAUUUGGAUAGGACCAAGAUUGAGAAGCAGGGGAUAGAUCCAGAUAGUCAAGUGGCAGUGCUGUCAGCUGAUGUGCCAGGAUUUAGAAAAAUCCUCCUCCAUUCCAAUUAUGUCGUUAUCCCAAAAAGCACAGUGUCAGAGAAGAGUGUGGCCAAGCAGGUGGAUCUGUGCUUGAGGCAGGGGGAGCGUGACAGUGAGAACACCUCUCAGACCCUCUCUCACGACACCCUGUUCUCCCCUAUGGGCCUGGGCAGUGAGGUGGAGCUCCCGGAGCACUGCAUCGCCAUCGAGGGUCUGACUGACGAGACGGCCGCUGCUCUCAGCCACACCAAGCAAGGCAAAGAGCCAGCUGCUUUUGUACUGGAAGAGGAGCCAGCUGUGGAGCUGGUUGAGGGCCAGGCCUAUAGAGCAGUUAGUGUUGUGAUUGAGGAGACUCUUGUCGACGGAUCAGGCACAGUAUCUGCCCCCACCACCACUGGACAACAGACUCGGAACGAGGGACAUCUUGUGACCAUCAUCCCAAACCAGUCAAUAAAGUACGCCCGAAGGGGGCGAGGAAGCUGCCGUACUCCGGGCUGUUUGUUUUCCUAUGUCACACAACACAAGCCCCCCCAGUGUCCUAAGUGUGGGAAGCACCUAGGUGGAAAAUGGUUACCUAGCUCAGGUGGAAAGAAAGCACUUACCAAAGCAGCAACAACAAGCAACAAUGUGCCGUCUAAGAAGCAGCAGGAAGCUUCUGGUGAGACAAGCUGCCCGUCCCUUGAGACCUUUGAGGCUGUGACACAGCUGAUUGUCGCAGCAUCGUCCUAUGAAAUGAACAGUGAGUCUCGGUGGAAAGAAGUGGUUGUAGAAGAGACUGCUGAAGUAGUGAGCGCUCUUCGGAGUGGUAAAGAGGAAACUGCAGAGCGGAUUAUGAAAGAACCUGAGAACAAUGGGAACAAGGAGGCAGUGAAAAGGAGGAAUGUAAUUACAAGGCAGUCAACAGCAGGGGGCACAAACUGCAAGACUCCAACCUUGUUGAUUCAUUCAAGUACUGCUGCAAAGAGCCUCCCUCCUGUGACAAGUGCCCCCAAUGCAAGGAGUAAAAGGAGAGAAAAGCCUGCAGUGGUCGUACCCAAUCUUCUUGUCCGAGCCAUCCUCCCUGCUCCUGCUCAGUCACCAAAGUGGUCCUGCGUGAAGGUGACAGGACUCAAGCCCAAUACAUUGAAGCAUCUGGGACAUCCUGUCAAACAGGUAUUCGUGGAACAAGAGAACAUGUUGAUUCCUGUCCCUGCCCUGCUGGACCCCUACCAGCCCCUGAAUGCAACCCAGCAGGAGGUCCAGCUGCAGUCUACCCUUCAGCUCCUGUGGAAGACAGUGCUGAUCCCUGAGAGUGAGGGGGAGCUGGCCGAGGCCAUGGCUCUGAUCCAGGAGCUCAAUGGAACGCAAGUGGUUCUGUCCAUGGACAAUGAGGAGACCAUUGCCAUUGAGCAGACAAGCUGGCCCCGCUACUAUGAGUCUGCUGCCACUCAAUGUGUGCUCUGUGACUUUCCCCUUUUUAAAGGGGGACAAAACUCAAUAGCUAGACAAGAGGACUGCUGGCUGCUGACUGACUCCCAUAUACAAACUGCUACUGUUCAACUAAAGAUCUGUUUGAACCCUCAGUGUCUAGCACUUCACAGCUUUAGUGACAUACAUAUGGUAAAGACACUGAACCGCAGUGAAAUAUCCCAGAUUCAGGAGCUGCUAUGUAAUGGCUAUUGGGCCUUGGAGUGUUUCACCAUCAGAGACUACAAUGACAUGAUUUGUGUGUGCGGCAUUGCAUUCAAGUUUGUGAUCGCACAGAGGAACACAGCAAAUUUACUCCAUCUGAAAAACGUAAAGUUCACUUGGCCAAAUUUCCUGGCCCCAGACGAGGUGAACAUUGAUGAUUUCUGGUCGACAAUGGAAGGAGAGGCGUUAGAGCAAGCAACGUUCCCUUCCAGUAUGCCUGUUAUUAAAUUUGACGCCUCCAUCAUUGCUCCCUUCUUUCCCCCACUAAUGAGGAACUCUGUUGUUGUCAACACAGAGAAGGACAAUUUAAUUCCAAAUUUACAAAGACCUGCAGGAGAUAUUGGUGACCUGGUGAGAUUAAUACGUGCAGGCACUUUCAAACCAGAUCAGAUCAGUCAUAGUGAAAAGGAGCUGAGAGACAUUCUGAACUGCUGUGAUAUCACCCACAGGCCAGAAGACACACGAGUACUGUAUGGGAGUGUACUUGCACUUGUGGUAGGAUACAGCAGGUGCUUUUUUAUCUCCCAUGUCCUGUGGUAUUGCUACAUCACUCAUCUUGUUGCUGUUUUCACAGUUUCAGUACUUUUCUCUGUUUCAGAUUGUUUUUUGUAUGAGCUUUUUAGUCUUGCUGCAAUAAAUGACCUCUUUAGUCUCCUAAAGGUUGUGUGUGGCUCGAAGUACAUAGUAAGAGGGGAGUCCGCCCGUGACCAUGUUGAUCUGCUGGUGUCCUCGCGGUACUGGCCCCCAGUCUAUGCAGUGGACAUGGCCAAACAGGUGGCGGUUAGCGCUGAUAUCUCGUACCCAGAACUGGCAGCACAGAUGUGGGAAAAGAACCAGGGCUUCUUCUCGGAUCCUAUGGAAUUGCCAGAGUAUGUAUCGUGCAUCGAGUUACAGGACCAGCAGUAUAACAUUGACCUAGCUGUGCCCAAAAACUCCACAGUGCACUCGAUCACUAAAUCCCUGUCUCGCUGGACUGUGUGGUCAGAGGUGGACCAGGAAAUGUCGGGGGACCCUCUGUCCCAGCACCACUCUCUGUCCCUCUGUCGAGAACUGGAGCCCUACAGCUCCAUCAUCUCCACCAUACAGGACAGCAAGACCAGCAAUGUGCUGCAGCAGCCCUUGUCCUUUGACAACUCAGCCUACUACUACCUCUACAACCGCCUCAUCGACUUCCUUACCAGCAAGGACAUUGUCAACAAUCAGAUUGCAGACAUCCUGCAGACCUGUCAGCCGGGAGAGGUUCUGAUCUGGGACUCUCUGUACCUCCUCGGAGUGGCUCAGAUAAACACAGAGGUAGAACCAGAAGAGGUGGAGGUGGAGCAAUAG